AUUAGAUUAUUUAGAUUAGGUUGACGUCAGGCGCUUGGACGCUGUUUAUUUAUUUUUCAUGCAAGCUUUUUACCAUUAACCAAAAUGAGUUACAUGCUGGGGCAUCUCCACAACGGCUGGCAAGUGGACCAAGCUAUUUUGUCCGAGGAGGACCGAGUUGUGGUGAUUCGUUUCGGCCACGACUGGGACCCGACAUGCAUGAAGAUGGACGAGGUGCUCUACAGUAUUGCAGAGAAGGUCAAGAACUUUGCAGUUAUAUACCUUGUGGAUAUCACUGAAGUCCCUGAUUUCAACAAAAUGUAUGAGUUGUAUGACCCCUGCACGGUGAUGUUCUUCUUCCGCAACAAGCACAUCAUGAUUGACUUGGGCACCGGCAACAACAACAAGAUCAACUGGCCGCUGGAGGACAAGCAGGAGAUGGUGGACAUUUUGGAGACGGUGUACCGGGGAGCGCGCAAGGGCCGAGGUCUAGUGGUUUCUCCUAAGGAUUACUCUACUAAGUACCGCUACUGAGAUCCCGAACUUCUUAUUUUUGUGGAAAUUUAUCUUACUGUGAAAAAACAUAGAAUCCUAAUGUAUUGCGAGAAGAGUCAUAAUAAAGGAAGAAAAGACAGGCAGAGUCAAUGGGAAUGUGUAGUAUACAGAGGAAAGGAAAUAUAUCCAGGUUUCUCAAUUUAUCCCUGAAUAACUUUUCCCUUUAUAGGGUGAUUCUGAAGAGUAAUAUUACGAGCAUUGUUUUAAAUGUUUGUGUGUAUAGGAGGUAAAUGUAAUUUAAAUUAAAUAUAAGGGAUUUUAGAUAU